AUGUUCUCGAUUAAGUUCACAGCGUACUCUUUCAUGUUACUCAAUGUCAAGGCAACCGUUGCUCGACAUUUAUACUAUCCGCCCAAGUCGCCGUGGCAAGACCUGGACUUCAAUCAACUACUGUUGGAUAAUAGUUUAGCUGUUUGCAAAUUCAUGCAAUUCUGUCACACUAAAAAGGAUUUGCAAUCACCCAGACGAGCUCGCAUGAUGCCAGCAACAAGUUCUGAAGGUGCUUCACCAAUGGCGUCCGUAUCAACAAGGCCAAUGGAUGAUGGCGCCGAGAUGGAUCCAACGGAGAACUUGCAGACAUCGGACAAUAUGCACAGAGUGGUUCCAGUCUCCGAGAUGUAUUGGAAACUUGAUGCGCUAUACUCCCAAGCCAAUGUGCAGAGCAGUAUAACGGCGUGUUCUUCACAAUACCUCGCCAUAUGCCAGUUUCUCUCAGAACGGAUAAACGGUCAGGUGGAUCAUGCGUUCCGACCUCAUCUAUAUCCGAACAAAGAAGAAAGUCGAUUGGAUUAUAAGCUGACCGGAUUGCAGGCACGCCACGGUCAGGCACUCGACAUUGCGACAACCUCUGAGAUUCAGGCUAUUUUCUUCUGGCGACCUCUGGCGCACAUAUUCCGCGCAAUCAUCCACCAGCUUCUGCUGAAAAGGGUAUUUGAGCCAGGCAAUUCUGUAUGGUUAUUGUUCUGGGCAUGGUACCCGUUUUCAUUUGGGUCGAAUGCUCGGACUGAGGGUGGCUGCGUCUGCAGUACGUUCAGCGAAUACGGGUUGGCCGUGAAAGAGACCUACGUUGAUUUGCCAGUUGCUAUUGCUUCUAAUGUACCAUCUAGUACGGGAGAGGCAGGCUUGCCAACUCAGCACACCUUCGUAGUUCUCAAGGUAGCAAGAGCUCAGUCUUGGGACCACGGCGAGUAUGGGUGUACGCAUACAGUCGUCCGAAAGCGAGCCGCUGUUCAGGGGAUAUCCUUGCAACCUACCAAGAAGAAACCGCGCGGAUCGAAUUGCUAG